AUGGUUCAGCUUUCCAAAUUCCUCGCUGUUGCAGCUGCAUGCCUGGCGGCUCCUGCCAUCGCCCACCCGGGAGAGAAGCAUGAUCCCCACGCCCUGAAGCAUGAGAUCCAUACCCGGAAUUCCAUGGCCGCCCACGCUAAGCGAUCCCUCAGUGGUUGCGAGAGCACCACUCACGCACGCGAGUUGAACAAGCGUAGCAUUACCCGUCGCUCACGUACCGUCCAGAACCUUCGCCAGAAGCGUGGGAUCACUACCGUUCCCCAGAAAUGGCGCCGCGAUCUUGCCGCUCUGGAGAAGUGGGAGGCUAUCGACCACAACCGCACUGGCAUUCUUGAUUACAGCCCCGCGACUCCGGAGUCAGUUGUCUUCGGUGCUAACACCAGCUUUGUCCUGUCGCCCACUAUCACUGACGGUCCCUACUAUGUCUGGGGUGAGGUUGUGCGCCAGAACGUCAAGGAGGAGCUGUACUCGGAUGGUGUGGAUGUUUUCCUCGAAGUGCAGUACAUUGACGUCAACACCUGCAAGCCCGUGCCUGGAGCGAUCGUCGAUAUUUGGCAAGCCAAUGCCACCGGUGUGUACAGUGGAAUCUCGGAGUCAGGAAACUACGCCGCAGACGGCUGGGACUCAACCUACCUGCGCGGCAUCCAGCAGACAGACCGCGAUGGUGUCGUAACCUUUGACAGCAUCAUCCCGGGCCACUACGACGGCCGUGCGACGCACACCCACCUCCUCACUCACUUGAACGCAACCCUUCUCCCCAACAAGACGCUCAAGGCUGAUACCGGAAGUGUCGCUCAUAUCGGACAGCUGUUCUGGAAUGAGGUGCUCCGCACAGCCGUGGAGGAUACAUACCCCUACACCAGCAACACGCAGGCCGUCACCUCCAAUGCCGAGGAUAUGUGGAGUAUUUUGCAGGCCGAUAGCGCUUACGAUCCCUUCCCUGAGUACAUUUACCUCGGUGAGGGCCUGGACGACGGAUUGUUCGCUUGGAUUCAGAUUGGAAUCAACACCACUGCUGAUUACACCGAUAACUCUUACUACAGCAUUGCUGCUUUCCACGGUGCUGAUGGCGGUUACCAGAAUGCUGAUAGCUCGUUUGGUGGCGGUAGCGGCGGUGGUGCCUCUGGUUCCGCUCCUAGUGGUACCGCUAUGCCUAGUGCAUCCCCCUCGUCUGCUUAA